AUGGAUUGUUUUACACAAAAUGAAAAUAUUUCAGAACAACUUAAAUUAUCAAAUGGUAAAUUGUGGUUCACUAUUGGUAUUCUUAAUGAAAAUGAAGAAUUAUAUGAUGAAGCGAUUCGUUGUUAUGUUACAGCAUUAAAUCAUAAUCCAUCUAAUCUUGAAGCACUUUCACAUUUAGCACAUAUUUAUAAAUUAAAAAAACAAUAUAUUAAUGCAGUAUUUAGUUAUGAUAAAUAUUUAAAAAUUAAUGCAGAAGAUGGAAUUGCUUGGAUGAAUCUUGGAGAAUGUUUUCUUGCAUUACAAGAAUUAAAUAAAGCACAUAGUUGUUUAAAAAAUGCAAAUAGAUUCAUUAAACAAGAACCUAAAUUAUGGUUUCAAUUAGGUUGUUUAUAUGAAAAAGCAGGAUUAUUUGAACAAGCAGAAGCAUAUUAUAAAAGAGUUUUAGAAAGAAGUUAUCCAGAAAAUGCAGCAGAACUUCAUUUUAAAAUGGCAAUGAUUUAUAAACAACAUGCACAAUAUGAAGAAUGUUUUGAAAUAUUAACAAGUGAAUGUUGGAAUAAUCCACCAGAAGGAAUGACUCAACAAGAUAUUCUUUGUCAAUUAGUUCAAUUAUUCCAAUUAACUGAUUCAAUUGAAAUUGGUAAAGAUGCUCAUGAAAAAGCAAUUUCUCUUAUUAACGAAAAUGAACCACCAUUUGUUUAUAUUUUAUUAGGAUGGUUAACUCAUUUAAUUGUAAUGAAUCCAAGUGUUAAUGAAGUGUUUCAUUUUGAAGAAGAAUUCCCUUAUCAAAUUGUAUUUGGAGUAAUUCAAAAAGAUCCAACAAAUGUUCUUGGUCUUUAUGUUUAUGGAAGAAUUCUUGCUGAUAGUAAACAUCAACAAAAUGCAUUUGAUGCAUUUCAUCAAGCAUUACAACUUGAUCAUAAUAAUCCUUUAUAUUGGUGUUCUAUUGGUAAUUUAUAUUAUCAUACUGAACAAUAUAGUGAAGCUAUUAAAGCUUAUUUUAAAGCUAUUAGUUUAACACCACAAUUACCUGAAGUAUGGUUUAAUAUGGGAUCUUUAUAUAUUUUCCAUAAUCAAAGGGAUGAUGCUGCAAGUUCAUUUAAACGUGCACAUGAACUUGAUCCAAAAAAUCCAACAUAUAGAGCAAUGCUUGAUGUUGAAAAAGUCAGUGAAAGACCUCAAAUCAUAGAUCCAUCUCCUUUUGCUACAUUACCUAAUUAUACUAUUGAUACAUUUACAAAACCAUCAUUACCAACAAACAUUCCAUUGAAUGUCUUAACUGAAUUACAAAAAAUAAGAAUUCCUGAUUUAACACAAAUUUAA